CCACAAUCUUCAGUCCCGGCCGGGUUUCAACCAACAGCACCACAUCAUGGUCUAGGCGGCGUCACCGCACCGUCCGUGGCCCGCGCCCUUCCCGAGCACGUUGCCGCCUCACGUUUGAGCCCUUGCCGCGGUGAUCAAGUCCAUGCGCCCUCGUUUAAACCACUAAAGCGUGCGCGCAAGAUGCCACAGAG